AUGGGAAAAUCGAGGACCAACAAAGGUACCAAGGCAUGGGAAGACGAGCGCAGUGCCAAGGACGACCAAGCAUGGCAAGAUCGCGGACGCGAUCGUGGAUCCUACCGUGGAUUCUGGCCUGGAGCAUGGAAAUCGAGGGAAAAAUACUCCCCGCGAGCGAAGGCGCAGCCAAACAGUUUCCCGAAGUACGAUGCGGACUGGAAGGAUCCUGCUGGCAUAGAGGUUGUGACGGAAAGGAGACAGCCCGAGGCGCAGCAACGCCACAGCCUGGCCAGGAUUGUGCAAGAUGCUGCCAACCUCCUCCGCAAAGCAGAGGGGCGACUCAACAAGCUCAACAGCGAUAUCCACGAGAAGGCGCGCAGAUGGGAGGCCUACCAGGCGGAACUACGUGCCUCUUUCCUGAAGGAAUACCAGCGCCACCUAAAUGCCUUAGACCGGCUGGAGCAGGAUAUCAUGGACGCCACGGCUCACGAGGCCAACGCGACGGGGGUCCUUGCACGUGCUAUGGCUGGUGUACCUCAGCCGACCCAGCACACCCAUGCAGUGCAGGCGUGGGAGAGCUUGAUGACAGGCAUACAGAGUGGGACGGCAAUGGAUGUGGAUGCAGACAUGAUUGGCAGGCGGUUAGACGAGCUUAUGCAGACUGGGGGUGCCUCCGGCAGCGCCCUCGACUGCACCUCCGGGGUUGGAGAGCAAUACAGCGUCGUUUGGGCCCAUGCGGCACACCUAUGCUGGCAUGUCUCCCACUGCAGCCCGUGCCGACCCCUACAUGACCACCAGUCCUGCUGCGAUGAUUCGUGGCAGCUCUCCGCCCAGGGCCCCUUCGACAGGGCGGCCAGACAACAGGCCAGCAGGACCUAUCCUGCCCAUGGACCCGGAAUCCAUCGCGGCGGUGAAGGCACUCAAGACCCGCUUGGGAGUGAAGGAAGGGACCAAGACAAGCCCCACGCCACCCUCGCCAAGAUCGACGAGUCUGGCCGACAAGCUCCACGAAGCACGCCGAUGUGCCAUGGCACCUUUUGGGUUAGCACCCAGCGAGGUGCGCCGACCGCCCGAGAAUGCUACAAGCUCGGUGGGUACGACUACAGGUCGCCCGCCAGAAGGUGCACCAGCUGGCAGUGCGAUAGACGUGGAAAGGGAGGAAGAGCUCGACUCCGCUUGGCUCGGACGCAUGGAGUGAAGCGUAUCGUAUUUCCUCCGGCGCUUCACUGCUGUCAGCUCGAUGUGUCUGUGCUGCAGAGGCCUGUCCUUCUGUGGGAGUGGUGGGUUCGCCCCGCUCCCACGUCGGACUCGCUCCUCUUCGGCUCUUGCAGGUCGAGUUUUGGCAGGGGUGCUGCAUCGCUGAGGGACUACGAGGGCUGUGAUCUGAGCGGCUGUUUUGUACAGAACUGGCGCCUUUUUGGCAUCUUUUCUGUAGAUAGGCCGGGCACCCUCUGCCUUCCGGCGGCCCCAUUCCUUGCUGCUUCCAUGGGUGGAGGUCCGCACUGGGUUUGUGCGGCUUCUCUUCCUUUGGGGCAUGUCUCCUCGGCUUUUGUGGUGCUGGUUUGGUUUUAUCCAGAGGAAGCAAGGCGCCGGUUUGGCUGCCCACCUCCUACCACUUCUUCUGUGGAUGCCCGCAACAGCGAACUGCACUUCGAUCUUGCUGUGGCUUGCUCCUCGCAGGAGCCAGACCUUGCGAAUGCGGUGCUGACACAGAAGCUGCUGGACUGGCUUGCGUCUUGGCUGGACGACCUUCACCUGUCGGCCCUACCAUCGGAGGAGCACUGCCAGGUCGCACCUUGCGAGCCAGCUGUGGACGACCGAUCUGAUGGCUCGGAACGUGCCAGGACUGUUGUGAUCUGCAGAGUCUUUGCCCCGCAUUUCCAUGUGAUUCUUGCAGAUUUUGACAUUCCUUUGCCCUGCCCACAACAGGCCUUCCUUGAUGCAGCACGGUCUGCUUUACGGUUUCUUGAUUCAGGCUUCAACCUGCAGGUUGCACCAACAAUACCGCAGCUUGCAGCCGACCACGGCUCGCUCAUACUGUUCCCGGAUUGGGUGCAUACCUCUGGCUUGGAUGUGGUCGUUUUUGACUUUCUGGCUCUGGGAGGCCCCACAUACUCGGCCUAUGUCGACAAGAACAUGAGGUACGGAGAUUGUCUGCGAGAGGCCCAACACCAAGGCCUCUAUGCCUGGGAAGUCUUUGCAUUCGGCCACUCACGCCCUUUGGCACCAGGUGAUACUCUGCUGGCGAUCACGGGAGGAGUCCUCCAGUUUAGACCAGUCGGCCCUGAUCUGUGCCCCCAGACGAUCCGAAAUACAAAAUGCCUGAUCGCACAGGGAUACUGGUCUUCCUUGAUCCUAGGCCCACCUCCGGCCGUGCCUGUGCAGAAAACGCGAUCUGCGUCUUCCCACUCUGCCUCCCGCUCCAGAGCUCCCAGAGGGGCCGCUUCCCCCGAGGCAGCCACAAACGAUGCUGGUGACGUCGGACCCAGUGAGCUCUCUCCUGUGCUUGAGCGAUCAUCUGUUGCGCCCGCACCAAAAGACAGUGCAAGCUCUAAUGGAUCCCACUUUGGUAGCGAGGCCCCUGCUGCAGAAGGCACAGGUCCAACUCCAGGCAGUCCCGAUGUUGAAAUCGGAUUGCCACCGACGCGUAAUGUACGCCAGGACGGCGUGCAUUACGCUGCGUGCUUGGACAUGCCUAAAGGCCACACCUCCUUUCUCCCAUUUCCAAGAUGGGACCAGCAUUCACCUGGAGCUCCUGCGCUUGUCUUUACGCGUGUGCGACCUGCUGGAAAUGCAAUAGCUGGUGUGGAUCCAGCCCUCAUGCCAGCACGUUUUCUUCUGUUUGCGCCAAGAGUACUUGCCAGAACUUAUGUUGACAUGGAGGUCGGCAUCUCAGCACAGGCUGCGCUCUCGAGCAUCCAAGCACAGCGCUCUCAGCGAGUGCGCGCACUUUUUCCUGAAGUCACCUUUGCCCAUCCUCAGCCCGUUGAUGCCUUUGCCCUGUGUAUUGCGCUGCCGAGCUGGACUCAGGAUAAGUAUGUUGUGCUUGACUGCUCCCGCAUGAACGGUGCGAUUUUCUGCGGGCUUUGUGCACCGGUCACCACAAGAGCAUCCCUUUUGGCCAUUGCACGUUUGCCACGGCACGCCAAUGUUGAAGUGUACGUGCAUGACCGUGUUACGCCGUUGGGAGAACAAGAUGCCAUUGGGAUCGACACGGGAUUCUGUGUGUCCUUUGUACCGUUGGGACAUCUUGUGUUUACGGUCACCCGUAUACAGGAUAUGCUGCAGGAUCCGCUGUCAUGGAACCGAGAGGCACCCUUGCCAGGGCUCGAUGGCAGGUGGUUUCUGCUACUUACUGACGAUGAACCGACACAAUUCCUUCGAGCCCCAUGGAACACUGGAUCCCAGCGUGCAGACAUAGCGCAAGUCUUGGGAUACGACCCUGCCAGACUAGUCAUACAGCCCACUAGGCCCAAUCUUCUAAACCAUUUUGAUUUCGGCAUCUGGGGUUCGGCUGUUUUCAUCACGACUCAGUCAGCGCAGCCCAGUCAAGAGUCGGUGCUCUAUGUCCUAGACAUGCGGCCCAUUUUGUGUGGCCUGACAUGGGAUGUGGCUAAACACGGACGUGUUGCAGUUGACCCCAUUCUGCAACGAUUUCGCCCAAUCUGCCCGGAUGGCUUUAGUCCAGACCUUUCAGGCAAGCACAUCCAAGUCGAUACCCAAGGCCGCUUCUGCAUUGUGGACCCAGGCGCCGUCCUCACUGUUACCUUCCUGCCAGCUGAAUCGAGGGAUCCCGGCCCUCCAGCUCCAGCUGAGGAAGAUCCACCAGAUUCAGAUUCGGACGGAGACCGUUCAGAGCCUAGUGAUCCAGGACCCACGGAUUCUGGGUGUGCCAGUAUAGCUGCCAGUGAUCCCGGAACAUCCAACACCGUGCCGGGACCCGCCCAUCACACGGCUCCCGAGGGAGCUAUGGCAGCCGCGCAGUUGCAGCGCCCGACAAGCCAUGUUGAUAUCCGCUGCGCUAUCCCCGGACGAGCCUCAGCAAAUGCUUACGGCAGCUGUGCCAGUCGAGAUGCAAUGUGGAGGAAAGUUUUCUUUGUCGUCGCCCUUGCUUCAGGGAAUACCUGGGAGGCCCAGCUUGAAUAUUGUGUUGGCAACCUCGACUGUGCAAUCCAGGGGGCUGAUCUUGCGGACUUUGCCCAAGCUUCUGCCUUCUGCCCGGCUCUUCGCCAAUGGAGCAGGCCAGGUCUCACAGAUGCUCUGGCUUCCGCCUGCAAGGAUUACCCGGUCAAUGACAUUGUCUGUUUCACGGAUGGUUCUUAUACGGCAGUUGAGAAGGGACCGGAUCUCUGCGGCUGGGCCUGUGUGUUAUUUCACCCUGCCUCUCAAAGCACACGGUUCCUGUAUGGAUCCUUCCCUGUCUUCUUGGCCGACAAGGACUUCUGUCCUUCUCCUUUCCAAGGCGAAGUUGCUGGUCUGCUUGCGGCUGCUCUUGCCACUACUGCCAGCGCGACGCGCACAGGUGUCCAUUUCCUUUCCGACUGUGCCUCUGCGCUGGGUAUAGCUGAAGGGGCUUGCUCUUUUGCCCAAGGCACUGUUGCCCAAGCCAUGCGACAUGCGCACUGGCUCCGCUCUUCCUGCGUCCCCGGCCGCGAUUCAUACAGACAUAUUCGUGGGCACCAGGGGCAUGUAGGAAAUGAGGUCGCCGAUUUGUUGGCCAAGGCUGCAGCCCGCAAAAUUGGACCUUCGUGUGGUCUUCACACUCAUCUCCCCCUUCUGUGCGCAUGGCUGGGUGAGGGAGCUCCUUACCUCCCCUGGGCGGGCCUGGCAAUGCUCAGUGCAACGGGAGACUCUUCUCUCCCACCAUGCAGUGCCGCCAAUUUAGGCGACGACACAGGUCAUUCUGACCUCACUGGCGAUGCUCUCCUGGAACCAUUUUUGCCCCAAGGAGCCCUCUCUGCGACAGAUGUUUCCUGUGACCGGACUCUUGUGACAGAUGCUGCUGUCGCUUCCGGGUCCUGGACCAUGUCGAUUGUGCUCACUACUUUCAAUACUUUGUCACUUGGGCCUUCUUUGGAGCAGGAAGGCGCUUUUUGUGAUUCGGUAGAGGGAUUAGCCUUCCGGCCCGCCCGUGCGGUGUUGUUGGCGUCCCAGCUGGCUGAGCAUGGAGUCCACGCCGCAUGCCUACAAGAGACUAGCCAAUGGGGCACCGAGUGGUGGUUUCAGGAAAACCAUCAACUCGGUGUGCGAUCGCAAGCGUUCAUGCUCCCCACCGAGCCACUGAAGCAGAGUCCUUGGAAGAAUUGGUGGAAGCAAACAGAUAGGCUUGUCAAGGUGCAUUGCCGGGAUGAAUGGGUUGUCUUCGCUGGCGAUUGUAAUGCAGCUGUUGGAUCGAUCAGCUCUGACCACAUUGGCCCGCAUGGGGCAGAAACGGAAGAUGCUGCCGGAGAGCAUCUGCACUCCAUCCUACGCCAUCUUGAUGGCUGUGUGCCUGCUACCAUCUCAGAGCUGCAUUCCGGUCCCACCCACACCUACACCCACAAAAGGGGUGGAGGCCUUUCGCGCCUUGACUACCUUUGCAUUCCUCGCUCCUGGCUGAGAGGACGCUGUCGGUCUUAUCCCGCGCCAAGCAUUCACGCCGCACAUAGUUGCCCGGACCACGUUGCCCUUGUUUUGAAUGUGCAACUUCCCAUCCAAGGGCCAUCGAUGACACCAGCACUUCGGCCACGGUCUUUCCGUGCAGCGGACAUUGUUGCAGCGGGCAAUGCAGAUGCCCUGGCACGAGCGCUUAGUGAGCUCCCAGCUGUGCCCUGGAACGUUUCAGCCCACGCGCACGCCGCUAUCCUGGUCUCUUGCGUGCAGCGCAUUCUGACGAGCUUGAAACACAAGAGUGGUCCUCGACAGCACCGUAGCUACUUGCGGCCUGCCACCUGGCAGCUUCAACAACAAGUCGCGGCUGCGCGUCGGUCCCUGCAUCGUUUGCAACACCAGAUGCGCUGCCAGCGGUUGGCUGUCUGUUUCGACACAUGGUGCGGCCGACGGGCGGCCCCCGAGCCGUGCGUGGGAGAUUCCUGGUGGCGAGAAGCCGAUGUCGCAGUGGCAGCGCAUCAGGCUGUCCUGGGACAAUGGUGUCUCCAGCUCAGGCACGCCUGCCGUACCGACAGAGCUGACUAUAUCAGCUCCCUGGCUGACAAGAUCUCUACAGGCCCUUCGGGGGAGAUCUUUCACAACCUCCAUGCGAUUCUGUCGCAUAAGCGCAAGAAACCAUACAGGGCUGAGCCCUUGCCAGCUCUUCUCCUUGAGGAUGGCACGCCUUGCGCCGAUGGUGAUCAGGCAGGUGUGGAGCUCACUGUCCCUGCUCUGGUUGCCAAAGUGCAGCAAGGUAUCGCCCAUGAUGCCUCGGACUCUCCCUCUUGGCCCCUUCCUGAUUCCUUGCUGGCACUGCCCACAGAAGCUGACAUCCAGAGGCUUCUUGUGCAGGCAAAGGCCAAUAAGGCACCAGGGCCAGAUGGGCUGCCUCCUGAACUAGGUCGGCAAUUUUCGAAGCAGCUUGCACCUCACCUUCACAGGUUGGCACUGAAGACAGCCUUCCGAGGAUGCGAACCGGCCGGGUUCAAGUCUGGUAAAGCUGUCUGGUUCUACAAGGGCAAAGGAUCGAUGAAUUCCUGCAGCUCUUACAGAGCCAUCCUGCUCCUACCAUCAUGGAGUAAGAUCCUCCAUCAAUCUCUUCGCCCGUCUUUGAAGCACCAUUUUCAAGCCAAUUCCCCGGAAUUGCAACUUGGCGGGAAAUCUGGCAUCAGCGUUGUCUUUGGCAGCCAUCUGAUCAGGGGGGCUGCGAGGUAUGCUGCUUCUCUUGGCCGCACUCACUUUACCCUGUUCACGGACAUCGCCUCUGCCUUUUAUACCGUCAUACAGCAGCUUGUUGCGCGCAAUGGUGACCAGCCGAUUGCUGAGUCCGUUUUCCGGCAAUCUACCCUUGGCCUGCAGCUCUCCUUCGAGGAAAAGGAGGCCUUCUAUGAGCGCCUUGGGGCUUCCCCCUGGCUUGAAGCCCUGACGAGCCGAUACCAGGACGGGAACUUCUUCAUGUUGAAGGGAGAUGAUCGGGUUGUAGCAACAUCUAGGGGCUCCAGACCCGGCUCCAGCUGGGCAGACCUUGUGUUUCCUGAGGUUAUCACGAGAAUUCUCCAGCGGAGAGAUGCUUUGCGGGAUGCGGGACGUCCCUGCUCUGAGCCAGUAACUCUGCCUUGGGAUGGAGAACGCACCCUCGCCCCGGUUGCCACUCCUUGUGAGGAACUGAGUCUCGACAAUGUGGUCUGGGCAGAUGAUGUUGCCCUUCCUCGACUGACCACUCCUGCGCAGGCCGCUUCCGCUUUGGCCUUCGAGACCAGCUGUCUAGUAGAUUCUUUCAAGGAGUUUGGAUUUUCCUUGGCAUUUGGACCCCACAAGACGGCUGGUGUGCUGCAUCUCCUCGGGGCCGGGAGUAGAGCGGCCAAGCGCCACAUCUUCGGAUCCUCCGGUCUUGCCGGUGCUGUUCCUGUGGUCUUUGAAAACGGCAGCGUACACCUCCCUCUUGUUUCGUCGUACCGGCACCUGGGUACGCAACCAAGUCCAGGCGGUGGUUUGUGCCCGGAACUCCGGUACCGGAUUGCCCAAGCUAGAGCAUCCUUUGCGGAAGGUCGCCGGAAGGUAUACAAGGUAUCGCAAAUUUCGGUCCGGAGAAAGGCCCACAUACUCUGUGCCACUGUCCUUGCGAAGCUCUUUCAUGGAGCUGGGUCUUGGGGGCCUUUGGGCAAGUGCGAUUACCGAUUGCUCCAGGGAGCACUCUGGUCCUUUUACCGGCCCCUUCUUGGGAUCAAACAUUCGGAUGAUCAGCACAUUGAUACAUUCUCCUGCCUGGCGCUUCUUGAGCUACCCAGCCUCAGUACGGCGGAUCGUGCUCAUGCUUCGCUUUUGCAGGAGGAUUUGUGCUGGUUGCAUCAAUGGACUUGGAACACCAUUGCUCUCCCAUGUCCUGUUCAGAGUUGGCCUGAGUGGUUGGCCUUCAUUGAAGAGACACCCAGAAAAUUCAAGGCGUUGGUCAAGCGUGCCCGAGCCUUGGACGGACGCCGGAUACAGUGUAUCGCUGCCCUCCAAUGUCUCCACAAGGCCUUGAUUGCUACCUUUGGAAGCCAGCAUCACACCACCAGCCCCGCAUCGGUCGAAUCCCAGGCUUGGGCUGAGGUAUGCAUUCCGUGCCGGCGAGCAUGGGCAGGACAUUGUGCUCGGAAACACGGCUACCGCAACCAUGCUUUUCUCUGUGCUGUUGACACACUUUGCCAGUCUUGCGGCAAGCGUUUCUCUUCUGUUGGACGCCCUCGGCGGCAUUUAACAGCCCAUCCUGCCUGCAUUGCUGCAUGGGGCUCCUUCUUGUCUGCAGGAGAUGGCUCCACUCCGCUCCACGUUCAAGCCCUACCCGAGUGUGCACCGGGCCUCACUGCAUCUGAUAAAGGCCUGGGCAUCAGAACUGAUGUCUCUCUGAGGCUACUGGAGGAGCUUUCUUCCUUGGAGGCACCAGACGACAGCCUGGUUUGGGAGCUUGUCACGAGCUACGUCGAGCCGCUGGAUGUGCUCAAGGCCACGAUACACGAGUGGCAAAAUGCUUCGGAUACCACCCCUGAGCGGGAUGCUGUAUGCCGAAACGUCCUCCUGCUUUUGGACGUAGAUUUGCUAGCUGACUCACGGCAGCCCUUGUCCACUCCACGCCGUGUCAUCUCCGAGUCGGUCCCCGACUGGCCCUUGCCGAGAGCUGCUUCCCUGGUUUGCGGUGCUCCACGUCAGGCCUUCCUCCUUGCCUCACCGCCCUCUGUGCAUCUCAACCCGUGGCGUCCCAAGAGUAAUUAUGAGGCUCAGGGAUGCUACUGGCCAUGCCGCCUGGCUUGA